GGUGGAAAGCGGUCUGGACGGGUGAUGGCUGCCACGCGCGCGGAGUCCCGCGCCCGAGAGAUCUUCGCCACGCUGGAGUACGGACCCGCGCCGGAGAGCCACGCAUGCGCGCUGGCCUGGCUGGACACGCAGGACCGGUGCUUGGGUCACUAUGUGAGUGGAAAGUGGUUAAAGCCGGGAAACAGGAAGUCAGCGCCUUGCCAGGAUCCCAUCACAGGAGAGAACUUGGCCACUUGCCUCCAGGCACAGGCUGAGGAUGUGGCGGCAGCCGCGGAGGCAGCCAGGGCCGCGUUGGAGAACUGGAGCCGACUCCCCGGAGCCUCUCGGGCCAAGCACCUGACCAGGCUGGCCAAGAUGAUCCAGAAGCACCAGCGGCUGCUGUGGACCCUGGAGUCCCUGGUUACUGGGCGGGCUGUUCGAGAGGUUCGAGACAGGGAUGUCCCGCUGGCCCAGCAGCUGCUCCAGUACCAUGCAAUCCAGGCACACAUCCAGGAGGAGGCGCUGGCAGGCUGGGAGCCCAUGGGAGUAAUUGGUCUCAUCUUGCCGCCCACAUUCUCCUUCCUGGAGAUGAUGUGGAGGAUUUGCCCUGCCCUGGCUGUGGGCUGCACUGUGGUGGUCCUCGUGCCCUCGGCCUCCCCGACGCCCCUCCUCCUGGCCCAGCUGGCAGGAGAACUGGGCCACUUCCCAGGAAUCCUCAACGUGAUCAGUGGCCCUGCCUCCCUGGGGCCUGUCCUGGCCUCCCAGCCCGGGGUCCAGAAGGUGGCCUUCUGCGGAGCCAUCGAGGAAGGACGUGUCCUUCGGCGGACCCUGGCGGGCGUGGGUCCCGAGCUGGGCCUGGCGCUGGGGACCGAAUCGCUGCUGCUGCUGACGGAGGCAGCAGAUGUGGACUCGGCCGUGGAGGGCGUUGUGGACGCAGCCUGGUCGGACCGCAGCCCGGGGGGCCUCAGGCUUCUCGUUCAGGAGUCGGUGUGGGACGAGGCGAUGAGGCGGCUCCAGGUGCGGAUGGCGCGGCUCCGAGGAGGCCGAGGGCUCGACGGGGCCGGGGACCUGGGGGCCCGGGGGGCUGCUGCACGUGAGCUGGCCCAGCGGUAUGUGCGCGAGGCCCAGAGCCAGGGCGCACAGGUGUUCCAGGCUGGCGAUGUGCCCCUAGACAGCCCGUUCUUCCCCCCAACCUUGGUCUCUGACCUGCCCCCCUCCUCCCCGUGUGCCCAGGCAGAGGUACCGUGGCCUCUGGUCGUGGCCUCCCCAUUCCGCACGGCCAAGGAGGCACUGGCCGUGGCCAACGGGACGCCCCGAGGAGGCAGUGCCAGUGUGUGGAGCGAGAGGCUGGGGCAGGCCCUGGAGCUGGGCUACGGGCUGCGGGUGGGCACAGUCUGGAUCAACGCCCACGGCCUCAGAGACCCUGCGGUGCCCAUGGGCGGCUGCAAGGAGAGUGGGUCUUCCUGGCACGGGGGCCUAGAUGGCCUGUAUGAGUACCUGCGGCCCGCGGGGACCCCUGUCCGGCUGCCCUACCUUUCUGAGAAUCUGAACUAUGACACCUUUGGCCUUACCGUCCCCUCAGCCCUCCCGGCUGGGCCUGAAACAGGUCCCAGCCCAGCACCCCCCUACGGGCUCUUCGUGGGGGGCCGUUUCCAGGCGCCUGGGGCCCGCAGCUCCAGGCCCAUCCACGACUCGCAGGGCAAUCUCCAUGGCUACGUGGCCGAGGGCGGAGCCAAGGACAUCCGAGUGGCUGUGGAGGCUGCCCACCAGGCUGCCCCUGGCUGGAUGGGCCAGUCCCCGGGGGCCCGGGCAGCCCUUCUGUUGGCGCUGGCAGCCGCCCUGGAGCGCCGGGAGCCCACCCUGUCCUUGAGGCUGGAGAGGCACGGAGUGGUUUCCUGGGGGGCCCGCGCCCAGGCCCAGAGCCACAGCCUGCAGGUCGCUGAGCUGAGAGGCCCCGUGCUCCGACUCCGGGAGCCGCUAGGGGUCCUGGCUGUUGUGUGCCCGGACGAGUGGCCCCUGCUCGCCUUCGUGUCCCUGCUGGCCCCUGCCUUGGCCCAUGGCAACUCCGUGGUUUUGGUGCCCAGCGAGACCUGCCCCAUCCCCGCCUUGGAGGUCUGCCAGGAUAUGGCCACCUUGUUGCCAGCCGGCCUGGUGAACGUGGUGACAGGAGAUCGGGACCACCUGACCCGCUGCCUGGCUUUGCACCAGGACGUCCAGGCCCUGUGGUACUUCGGAUCUGCCCAGGGCUCCCAGUUUGUGGAAUGGGCCUCGGCAGGAAACCUGAAGCCCGUGUGGGUGGACAGGGGCUGCCCCCGGGCUUGGGACCAGGAGGCCGAAGGAGCAGGCCCAGAGCUAGAGCUUCGGGCAGCACGGACCAAGGCCCUGUGGCUGCCCAUGGGCGACUGACACCUGAGCCCACUCCGUCUUGGACGAAGAAGAGUUGGACCACCAACAGGCUGCAGAUGCCUGGACCUUUCCACUUCCUUUGAUGUCCGUGCCCUCAAAUAAAUUCUGACCAACCUUG